AUGUCGAUUCGGGCUCCGUUGCGAAAUUUGCUGAAAACGAGCCGGACCUGGGCUGCCAGUCGUCGUAUGCACACUGUGCCUGAUAUAGGGCUCAAGCAGAGCGCUGGGCUUCCUGGCUUGCUGUCUCCUAAGGGCCUAGAUAUCGCUUGGUUUGAGUACCAGGCCUAUGUGGUGUCCAAAGUCAAUCAGCUGCUUGAAAAACACCCAGAGUAUAACAAGACUGCCGAUAUGUUCGAGCUCAUGACACAGGCACAAGCUUCCCCUGAUCCCGAGGUCAAAGAACUUGCCGUGUUUGCCAGCCAGGCUUUCAACAACGAGUUUUUCUUCCGCACCCUGCGUCCCUCUGUCAACCCGAAUGCAGUUGUCGGCCCUAGUACCAACAAGCUGAAUGUAGACAUUUCUACCGAAGUUCUUAAUCGUCCUGAACUCGCUCUGCCCGCUACUCCUGUGCCUGGGCAAUUGCCACUCGCUGAUCUCAAUGAAAUCAUCGAACAGUCUUUCGACUCUGUUGUGUCGAUGCGGGAAUUGCUCAUCAACCGUGCUGACGCCAUGUUCGGCAAUGGAUACGUGUGGCUGGUCUACCACAUGUCUGUUUUGUCGGCCGUAAACACUUACAACUGGGCCUCUCCUUAUUCUCACGAGGACAUGUUUUCUGAGCAGGGCGAUGGCUCUAUUGCCGAGUUGGAUCAGAGCCGGAUCAAGUCUUUCGCUCCUAUUUUAUGUAUUAACGCUUGGGAGCAUGUCUAUCUCCAUGACUAUGGAGUAGCUGGCAAGCGUGAGUACCUCCGCAAUUUGUUCGACUGCCUGGACUGGAAAGUUAUUAUUUCUCGUCUUCCCGCUCGAUCCUAUUGA